UAAUGACAUCCAGCGAAGCCUCCAGUGCGGCUGUUGGGAAGCCGCUGCUUUCAGGAAGCGUCCUCCUCACGUCAGCUGAGCGGAGCUGGCUGCCAGUGGCGUGACACUGACCGCUGACUUUCUCCCCAAGAAAGUGAACAAAACCUGCGAUGUAAGACGGUGGUUUGGAGUGGAUUUGUAAGUGGUAAUGCUGGAGUGUCAUUCCAACUGCCAUUUGUUGUAGAGGAUCACUAGUGAAGAUGCCUCCGAUACCAGUCGUGCCAGAGAACCACAGUCAUGUACUGGCAGAGUUUGACUGCCUCGAUCCACUUCUGUCUGCUCUCCGGUUAGACUCUGGCAGGCUCAAGUGCACCUGUUUGGCAGUGUCAAGGAAGUGGCUUGCAUUAGGAACAUCAGCAGGAGGGUUGCACCUGAUUCAGAGGGAGGGCUGGAAACAAAGGCUCAUCCUCACUCACAAGGAGGGAUCUAUCACUCAAGUGGCGUGUUGCCCUCAUGAUGAAGACUUUAUCGCUGUUGCAACAAGUCAGGGUCUGGUGGUGGUGUGGGAGCUGCAGCUGGAGCGGCGGGGUCGUCCAGAGAGAGUCAGUGUGUCCUGGGAGCACCGAGGUCAGGCCAUCACUGCACUCUGCUGGGACACCAGCAUGCUUAGAGUUUUUGUCGGGGACUCAGGAGGCAAGGUGUCUUUUCUCCGUGCAGGAUCCUCCAAGCUGGGCAAGGGAUCUGCAUUCGUUAUCUUCCCUGUUCAGACCGUCACCACUGUGGACUCCAAAGUGGUUCAGCUCGGGUACCAAGAUGGCCGCCUGAUGGUGUCCUCCUUGAGCCGCUGCUACCUCUGUGACACAGAGAGGGAGAAGUUCUGGCGUGUUGGAAAUAAGGAGCGUGAUGGGGAAUAUGGAGCUUGUUUUUUCCCUCAGAACAGGGGAUUAUUAGUUGGUCAGCCCCCUCUGCUGUACUGUGCCCGGCCGGGGUCUCGAAUAUGGGAGACCAGUUUUAAUGGCGAGGUUCUGAGCACCCAUCAGUUCAAACAGCCACUGGCCUGUCCUCCUCUACCUCUCAUCACUUACAGAAAUGAGCCACAUUACAACCCAGUGCAGAAGAGCCCCCAGUCAAUCGCGUUCCCUAAACUGCUUUAUUUAGGAGACCAAAACUUGCUGACCUGGACUGAUUCAGCUAUUUAUAUCUUCACACCUCAGAAUGGACAAGUGCUUCUGUGGACUGAAGUCAAAGACUUGGUUGAUAUUGCAGUCUACCGCAGCGAGCUCUUCUGUCUCCAUGGCAGUGGACGUCUAUCCCACCUCUCCCUGUUAUCUGCUGAGCGCUGUGUUGAGCGUCUACUACGGAGGGAGUUCUGGCCUCUGGCUGCUGUGGUCUGCUGUAUGUUCCAGCACACAAUCACCACCGGCAGGGCCAGGAAAUCAAUUCCCAUCGACCGCCUUGAACAUCUCAGGUCCCAGCUCAGUCCCAGCACACACCUGGAGCUGACUGGCCAGCUGGAGGAAGUCAUCGCUAAACUAGAGCCCCUGGACUCCGCCUCCAGCAGCCGCAGAAGUAGCAUCUCCUCACAUGAGAGCUUCAACGUCCUGGACUGUGGAAUCUAUCGUGUAAUCAGCCGCAGAGGAAGUCAGUCAGAUGAGGAGACGAGCUCCCUCAUCAAUCACUCCAUGUCCGAGGAGGAGCGGCUCAAAGAGUUCAGUUUUGUGCAGGAGGAAGAUCAGGUGGAUCACGAUCCACAGAGCAGUGAGCGUAUGGAGGCUGAGCGAUCUGAACAAGGCCUGCAGUUCCACCUCCCCCUCUCAUUCCGCCCCAAACCCCCUCGCAUCGCACUGCAGGCCGUCAAAGACAGUGUUUCUAGUUUUGUUAAGAAGACAACCGAGAAGAUCAACACCCUCCAGAUGAACUCUGAGCUCUGGCAACGACCUGAAUUCAGAGAGUGCGGACAGGCUGACACCGCAGGUCCAUACUCGGAGGAAAUGGACAAUCAAGUUUAUGAUGAAAUGCCUAACAGAGAGGCCGGCAUGCAGGAACUUCAAUCAGCGACAGAGCGUGCUAUCUCCCAUAUACAAGAUCCUUUGGUGCUACUGGAUCCAGUCUGCCUGGGAGAAACUCUGCUGGAGUGGCUGCUGGUGCUGGAGCGAAUACUCGGACCUGUAGAGCACGGGGCAACUGCUGCUGGUAAUUCAAACGUGGAUGGACCAGGAGAGGAGAGGUGGGAGAGGGAUUAUCUAAACUCCUGCUCAGAGCAACAAAAGGAGUCUUCCUGCUCAUCAGGAGAACCAACAGAGAGGAUUACAGAGGAAAAGAAAAAAGAGUCUCCUGAGCUCGGAGAAAAAGAGGACCAGUGUGACUCCACCGAGGAGGAGCCUGAAGUUUCUAAUGGGAGCCCUUCAGAGCCUGUUCGAGUGGUGUCUCCCAAACCUGUACCAUCGGAUCUCCUGGCUGAUCUCACCCAGCUGGCAACGCUAUACACGGAGCUGAGCUGCUUUAGAAACCAGGAGAAUGAACAAGCAUUGGGGUGCACAACUUUCCUGCGCCGCUACUUCUUUCUGCUGGACCAAGAGCGUGUGAGAAGAAUGUGUCUGCUGUGCUUCCAGGAGCAGCCAGAGCUGCAGAGCUCCUUCACUGAGGCAAUGCUAGAUCUCACUCAGUCCAGUAAGGUGGUGGAGGUUAUUCAGAGAGGUGAUUUGCUGAGAUCACUGCGCAGUCUGAGAGAGCUGCAGCCCUGGAGUGCACCUCCUCUCCUCGCUCACUUGCACAGGCUGUAUGAGAAGCAUGGGGAGGCGGCUGUACGCUCGUUUACCCAGUUCUAUCCCACGAUAACUCCUGCUGACGUAAUGACCAUGGCUCAGCAAAGCCACUUCCUGGCAUACCUGGAUAAUCUGGUCCAAUCACAAACUGAGGAGCACAGGUCUUCCUUUUUGCAGUCCCUGCUUGAACCAGAAUCACUGAGACAGGAUUGGCUGGAGCUGGCACUUACCCAUGAUACCCCUCGACGCUGUGAUACCCUGACCCCUGAUGGACAUCCCAGGUGGCAUUCUCAUUGUUUCAGCUGGGGUUACGGACGCCUCCUGUCUCUCCUGAUUGGUCUUCCUGCAGACCUGUCCUCCAAGCAGAAGAUGGCAGAGACUUGUCGCAGUCACGGGUACUGGACGGGCUACCUCUACCUCUGCCAUGUGCUGCAGCGUCGCACAGAAGCGUUCUCCACCAUCUGUCGGCUGGAUGACAUCAGUCUGCUGGAGGAUCCGGAGGGUGUUGAGCCCCAGACUUUGGAAGAGUGGAAGCACUUGAUCCAGAUAUCUCAGCAGUGCAGCAGCGAGGUAGACUCAGAGCAGGUCACAGGUGUGAAUGGGAGCAGCUGGUCCAGCGGCUCAGCAGACUGUGGUGGGAAGAUCAGCCCGGAGAACCUGACCCUAAUGCUGGCUCGGACAGCCGGGCCUGACUACGCCUUGACCGUCCUGGAGGAGUGUGGAGUGCAGCUGGUCCUUUCGCCGCACUCCAAACUGGUCUGCGAGCUGCUGAGAGUCACUGAGAAGAGGCAAAGAGCGAUGAUCCAGACGAUGCUAGAGCGCUGCGAUCGCUUCCUGUGGUCUCAGCAUGCCUAACUAAAGAUCACCGCUGUGUGGACAGCAGCUUCUCUAUGCCAAACAAGAUAACUAACACUGUAUGUAAGUCUCCCCAGUAACUGCUGUUGAAGCUGUGAGUUAAUUUAUGCACUGUAAUAUUUGUCAAAGCUUUCCAGUUUAAAUGAAGAUACUUAUCCUCCCAGUGAAAACAGUAUUAUCUUUUUAACUUUUACUUCACUUUUUUUGUGCGGAUCUUUCCAGUAUUAUCCUCUUCAUUCCAUUUACUUGCCAUAUUGGUCAAUAUUCAGAUAUAUGUACAGGGUAUCAUCAUAUUACUGUUUAUUUAAUGAUUCAGGUUGAAUGCUUUUUUGCAUGUAAAACAAAAAAUGAACUGUCAAUAAUUACAGUGAAAUGUUCUAACCAGGUAAUAUUAUGUGAAUAAAAGCUGUCUGUAUUGUU